AUGGCGGAUAUCAUCGCAAGACUCCGGGAGGACGGGAUCCAAAAGCGUGUGAUACAGGAGGGCCGAGGAGCGCUCCCUGACUUUCAGGAUGGAACCAAGGCCACGUUCCACUACCGGACUCUGCGCAGUGACGAGGAGGGCGCCGUGCUGGACGACAGCCGGGUGCGUGGCAAGCCCAUGGAACUCAUCAUCGGCAAGAAGUUCAAGCUGCCUGUGUGGGAGACCAUUGUGUGCACCAUGCGGGAGGGGGAGAUCUCCCAGUUCUGCUGCGAUGUCAAGCACGUGGUGCUGUACCCACUGGUGGCCAAGAGUCUACGCAACAUCGCAGCCGGCAAGGACCCACUGGAGGGCCAGCGGCACUGCUGUGGCAUCGCCCAGAUGCAUGAGCACAACUCCCUGGGCCACGCCGACCUGGAUGCCCUGCAGCAGAACCCCCAGCCUCUCAUCUUCGACAUCGAGAUGCUGAAGGUGGAGAACCCUGGCACGUACCAGCAGGACCCGUGGGCAAUGACGGAUGAAGAGAAGGCAAAGGCGGUGCCGGUCAUCCACCAGGAGGGUAACCGAUUGUACCGUGAGGGCCACGUGAAGGAGGCCGCUGCCAAGUACUAUGACGCCAUCGCCUGCCUCAAGAACCUUCAGAUGAAGGAACAGCCUGGGUCCCCCGACUGGAUCCAGCUGGAUCAGCAGAUCACCCCACUGCUGCUCAACUACUGUCAGUGCAAGCUGGUGGCCGAAGAGUAUUACGAAGUGCUGGAUCACUGCUCCUCCAUCCUCAAUAAGUAUGAUGACAAUGUCAAGGCCUACUUCAAGCGUGGCAAGGCCCACGCGGCGGUGUGGAAUGCCCAGGAGGCCCAGGCUGACUUUGCCAAGGUGUUGCAGCUGGACCCGGCCCUGGGGCCUGUGGUGAGCCGUGAGCUGCGGGCCCUGGAGGCGCGGAUCCGCCAGAAGGACGAGGAGGACAAGGCCCGCUUCCGGGGCAUCUUCUCCCACUGA